GGAUGAUUCGAAACGAUCAAGCCAAGUUGGAUGUGAUGUCUACUGCUCUUCUGAUCAUUAACUGGUUAUACCCUUGGACUUUGUCAAAUACUCUGCUGAAAGGAUGAGUGCAACUGCAACCAUUACAAUGACCACUCUUCCUUCUAAAUCCACAAUCAAACACUCUCCUGCCCAAUCUCAUGUCGAAGCAUCAUCCCAGAAUCAGCCCCCAAAGUCUCAAAAACAGAUGACCAAAGCGGAGAGACGCGAACAACAAGAGCGUCAGAGAGCUGCAAAGGCUGCUACUAAAGUAGCUGGUCCCCAACCUAGCGGGUCUAAUCAGAAUUCUGCUCAGGCGAAGAAUAGUGCUUCAGUCAAGAAGGGUGGAAAGGGUCCUGACGGAAAACCGACAAAGGAGACAAAAGAAACCACACCUGAUGACUCUGCUCGUGGUUUGCAGAUAUUCUCCCAUUUUGGACUCCCAAAACCCCCCGGCCCUAGCAAGGGAGAUAUACAUCCCGCUAUCAUCCGCCUCGGAUUGCAAUUUUCGGAGUUCAAGAUCGCAGGGGCAAAUGCGCGUUGUAUUGCGACCCUCACUGCAUUUAAAACUGUGAUACAGGACUAUGUCACUCCUCCGAAUAAUACACUCUCGAGGCAUCUCUUAACACAUCUUUCGCCUCAAAUCACUCAUCUUGUUUCUGCUCGUCCCAUGUCUGUCACUAUGGGCAAUGCCAUCCGGGAGCUCAAACUAGAGAUCAGCGGAUCGGAUAUCGACCUUCCGGAGCAGGAUGCAAAAAAUCUACUUUGUCAAAAGAUAAAUGAUUAUAUCAGUGAACGAAUUACCAUAGCGGAUCAAGUCAUCCAAGAGACUGCAGGGACCAAGAUUAAAGACGGAGACGUCAUUUUGACGUAUGCUCGAUCUUCAGUUGUGGAACAAGUUUUAGUCGGUGCGUGGGAUGAUGGGAAGCAAUUUUCAGUUGUCGUCGUUGAUUCCCGACCAAUGUUAGAGGGCAAGAAACUUCUCUCCGUACUUUCUGCCAUGGGCAUUCCCUGCACUUAUCUCCUUCUGCCAUCUAUUGGAUCUGUCAUUACAGAGGUAUCGACAGUCUUAGUGGGCGCUCAUUCCCUGCAUUCGAAUGGUGCCGUAUUUUCUCGUGCAGGCACGGCCCUCGUAGCUAUGAUGGCAAAACAACACAGCGUUCCUGUCGUCGUUUGCUGCGAGACAUACAAGUUCGCGGAAACAAUCCAGCUAGAUAGUUUUACCAAGAAUGAGCUCGCACCUGCUGGCGAUAUAUUUUCGUCCUUCCCCCUCACUCGGUCAAAAGAUACGCUCACCCUCAACAAACAGCCCAAUCUAGAGAUCCUGAAUCCGCUCUACGACCUGACACCUCCCUCGAGUAUCACAGCAGUUGUGACAGAAGUCGGAGUUAUUCCGCCAAGCUCCAUCAGCUCGAUUCCACUUGCGCUCGGUCGCACUACACUGUAACAUACUGCAUUUAGUAUUGUUGUCUGAUUACGAGUAGGAAGUUACAAUUAUACGAUUUAAUUGCAUGGAUGGCAUGACACAUUAGUCUAUUUAUGCGUUUUGCUCUGAUGUUGUAAUGCUAAUCGACGCCGGCUUCGAAGUUCGACGUCAGCAUGGUCAACGAACUCUCCUGAUCAUAGGUCCCACAUCAGAAUUAGCUGUCCGGUUCCAGGAGACAGGGUUCGGCGUUCGAAGGUAAAU